AUGAACUCUCUGACUUGGGGGGCAGUGAAUGCCCUGCUGCUGCUGCUCCUCCUGACCUGGGCCAGCCCCACCUUCAUCAGCGUCAACCGUGGGGUGAGGGUGAUGAAGGGCCACUCUGCCUUCCUGUCAGGAGACGACCUGAAGUUUGCCAUCCCCAAAGAGAAAGAUGCCUGCAAAGUGGAAGUUGUGAUGAAUGAGCCAAUAACCCAGAGGGUUGGGAAACUCACUCCACAGGUCUUUGACUGCCAUUUCCUUCCCAAUGAAGUCAAGUAUGUUCACAAUGGUUGUCCAAUUCUUGAUGAAGACACAGUGAAGCUCAGACUUUACAGAUUUACUGAAACAGAUACCUUCAUAGAAACCUUUAUCCUGCGGGCCUAUCUCCUGGAACCAGAUUGUAACAUCAUCCGUAUGAGUAACAAUGUGCUGGAAGUGCCUGAAUUCAAUGGCCUGUCCCAAGCGAUUGAUAAAAAUCUGCUCAGAUUCGAUUAUGAUAGGAUGGCUAGCCUGGAAUGCACGGUCAGCCUGGACACUGCGAGAAGUCAGCUGCCAGCCCAUGGCCAGAUGGUUUUGGGGGAGCCUCGACCAGAAGAACCUCGUGGAGAUCAGCCACACAGUUUUUUCCCAGCCCCACUGGGAGCAAAACUGAAGUGUCCAGGUGGAAGUUGUACCCCAGGAUUAAAGAAAAUAGGAAGCCUCAAAGUGAGCUGUGAGGAGUUCCUGCUGAUGGGCCUUCGUUAUCAGCAUCUGGAUCCCCCUUCACCCAACAUUGAUUAUAUCUCCAUCCAACUGGACCUCACAGAUACCAGGAGUAAAAUUGUGUACAAGUCAGAGAGUGUGUGGCUUCCUGUCUAUAUCCGAGCUGGAAUUCCGAAUCAGAUUCCAAAGGCUGCAUUCAUGGCCAUGUUUAUUCUGGAAGUGGAUCAGUUCAUCCUGACCUCCUUGACUACAUCAGUUCUGGACUGUGAAGAAGAUGAGACCCCUAAACACUUGCUGGUGUUCAACAUUACUAAAGCCCCGCUCCAGGGCUAUGUGACUCACCUGUUGGAUCACACCAGACCAAUCUCCUCAUUCACCUGGAAAGAUCUCAGUGACAUGCAGAUCGCCUAUCAGCCACCAAACUGCAGUCAUUCUGAGAGGAGACAUGAUGAGGUAGAAUUGGAGGUAUACGACUUCUUCUUUGAAAGGAGUGCACCUAUGACAGUCCACAUCUCCAUCAGAACAGCAGACACAAAUGCCCCCCGUGUAUCCUGGAAUACAGGUCUGAAUCUCCUUGAGGGACAGUCUCGAGCCAUCACUUGGGAACAGUUUCAGGUUGUCGACAAUGACGACAUUGGUGCAGUCCGGCUAGUCACUGUUGGUGGCCUGCAGCAUGGAUGGCUGACUUUAAGAGGGGGGAAAGGAUUUCUCUUCACCGUGGCUGAUCUCCAGGCUGGAGUUGUUCGCUAUCAUCAUGAUGACAGCGAUUCCACCAAAGACUUCGUGGUCUUCCGGAUAUUUGACGGCCAUCACAGCAUCCGUCACAAAUUCCCCAUCAACAUCUUGCCCAAAGAUGAUAGUCCCCCGUUCCUCAUAACCAAUGUUGUGAUUGAACUGGAGGAGGGGCAGACUAUCCUGAUCCAGGGAUCCAUGCUGCGAGCUUCAGAUGUGGACGCCAGUGAUGACUACAUCUUCUUCAAUAUCACGAAACCUCCACAAGCUGGAGAGAUCAUGAAGAAACCAGGGCCAGGACUGAUAGGCUAUCCUGUCCCUGGCUUCCUUCAGAGGGAUUUGUUUAAUGGAAUCAUUUAUUAUCGUCACUUUGGUGGAGAAAUCUUUGAAGAUUCUUUUCAAUUUGUCCUGUGGGACAGCCAUGAACCUCCAAAUCUUUCAGUGCCACAGGUGGCAACAAUCCAUAUCACUCCAGUGGAUGACCAGCUUCCAAAAGAGGCUCCUGGAGUUUCUCGGCAUUUGGUUGUCAAGGAAACUGAGGUGGCCUAUAUAACUAAGAAACAGCUACAUUUUAUAGAUACAGAAUCGUAUGACAGGGAGCUGGUCUACACAAUAAGUACUCCUCCAUUUUUCUCCUUCAGCCACAGACACUUGGAUGCUGGGAAAUUAUUCCUGGUGGACAGCAUACCAAAAGUAGUUAAGAAUCCUACGGCCCUGGAGCUGAGGUCAUUCACUCAGCAUGCUGUGAACUAUAUGAAAGUGGCCUACAUGCCCCCCAUGCAAGACAUUGGUCCCCAUUGCAGAGAUGUCCAGUUCACAUUUUCCGUCAGUAACCAACAUGGCGGCACUUUGCAUGGGAUCUGCUUUAACAUUACAGUCCUCCCAGUGGACAAUCAGGUUCCUGAGGUAUUCACCAACCCUCUGAAAGUGACUGAGGGAGGUCAAUGCGUCAUCAGCACAGAGCACAUUCUGAUUUCUGAUGCAGAUACCAAGCUGGACAAUAUUGACCUCUCCCUGCGGGGACUGCCUCUGCAUGGAAGGGUGGAGCUGAAUGGAUUUCCUCUAAAUUCAGGGGGCACAUUUUCUUGGGGCGAUCUCCAUACCUUAAAAGUUAGGUAUCAACAUGAUGGAUCUGAGGUUCUUCAGGAUGACAUACUCUUGGAGGUCACCGAUGGCACAAAUUCAGCAGAAUUUGUUCUACAUGUUAAGGUAUUCCCUGUCAAUGAUGAGCCACCAGUCCUGAAGGCUGACCUCACGCCUGUCAUGAAUUGCUCAGAGGGAGGAGAGGUGGUCAUCACCUCUGAAUACAUUUUUGCUACUGAUGUGGACAGCGAUAACUUGAAGUUGAUGUUUGUGAUUGCUCGAGAACCUCAGCAUGGGGUGGUGAGGAGAGCUGGAGUCACAGUGGAUCAGUUCUCUCAGGGAGAUGUUAUCUCAGAGGCCGUAACAUACAAACACACUGGUGGCGAGAUUGGCAUGAUGCCUUGUUCUGACACCAUUACAUUGGUGGUUUCAGAUGGAGACGCUGGCCCUUUUGUGAAUGGCUGUUGCUACAAUGGACCCAAUCCAUCCGUUCCUCUUCAUAUGUCCUUUCCAGUAUAUGAUCUCAACAUCACGGUAUACCCAGUAGACAACCAGCCACCUUCCAUUGCAAUAGGUCCCAUGUUUGUUGUAGAUGAGGGCUGCUCAACAGCCCUUACCGUUAACCAUUUGUCUGCCACUGACCCUGACACUGCAUCAGAUGACUUGGAAUUUGUUUUGGUUUCUCCUCCCCAGUUCGGCUACCUCGAAAAUAUACUCCCUUCUGUGGGUUUUGAAAAAAGCAAUAUUGGCAUAAGUAUAGAUUCAUUUCAGUGGAAAGACAUGAACGCUUUUCGCAUUAACUAUGUGCAGUCCAGGCAUCUGAGGAUAGAACCAACUGUCGACCAGUUCACGGUGUACGCCACAGAUGGGAAGCAACGCUCCUUGGAGAUACCGUUUUCUAUUAUUAUCAACCCCACAAAUGAUGAAGCUCCUGACUUUGUAGUGCAGAAUAUUACUGUGUGUGAGGGUCAGAUGAAAGAGCUGGACUCUUCCAUCAUCAGCGCUGUGGACCUGGACAUUCCCCAGGAUCCCCUGCUGUUCAGCAUCUCUCAAAAGCCACGCCAUGGCCUCCUCAUCAAUAGGGGGUUUAGCAAAGACUUCCCUGAGAAUGAGCAGCCAGCCAACCCUGACCAGAAACAUGCACCUGUUCACAGCUUUUCCAUGGAACUCCUCAAGACUGGAAUGAGAUUGACAUACGUGCAUGAUGACUCAGAGAGCCUUGCUGAUGAUUUUACAAUCCAGUUGUCAGAUGGGAAACAUAAGAUACUUAAAACCAUUUCAGUAGAGGUCACCCCAGUUAAUGAUGAAAAACCAAUGCUGAGCAAGAAGGCUGAAAUUGCAAUGAAUAUGGGUGGAACUCGUAUUAUUUCCAGUGCUAUUCUUUCAGCCAUAGAUGAAGACUCGCCCAGGGAGAAGAUUUACUAUGUAUUUGAAAGGCUUCCCCAAAAUGGGCAACUUCAGUUUAAGAUAGGGAGGGACUGGGUUCCUCUCUCCCCUGGCAUGAAGUGCACUCAGGAGGAAGUGGAUCUGAACUUGCUGAGAUACACACACACUGGGGCAAUGAAUUCCCAGAAUCGAGAUAGCUUCACCUUCUACCUUUGGGAUGGCGACAACAGGUCCCCUGCUCUUGACUGUCAAAUCACCAUCAAGGACAUGGAAAAAGGUGAUAUUGUCAUCCUUACAAAACCACUCAUGGUGUCUAAAGGUGACAGAGGUUUCUUAACAACCACUACUCUCCUGGCUGUGGAUGGAACAGACAAGCCUGAGGAACUGCUCUAUGUCAUCACCUCCCCUCCACGAUAUGGUCAGGUCGAGUAUGUUCACUAUCCUGGAGUUCCCAUUACAAGCUUCAGCCAAAUGGAUAUAGUGGGGCAGACCGUUUGCUAUGUACACAAGAGCAAGGUGACUGUCUCCAGUGACAGAUUCAGAUUCAUCAUCAGCAAUGGACUGCGGACCGAGCAUGGGGUGUUUGAGAUCGCACUGGCGACUGUGGACAGAGCCCUGCCCGUGGUAACCAGGAACAAGGGGUUGAGACUGGCCCAGGGGGCCGUGGGCCUGCUUUCCCCUGACCUCCUUCAGCUGACCGACCCUGACACAGCUGCGGAGAAUCUCACCUUCCUCUUGGUUCAGCUCCCCCAGCAUGGCCAGCUCUACCUGUGGGGAACAGGGCUACUUCAACACAAUUUCACCCAGCAGGAUGUGGACAGCAGGAAUGUGGCCUAUCGGCACUCAGGAGGGGACUCCCAGACUGACUGCUUUACUUUCAUGGCCACAGACAGGACAAACCAAGGCUUUGUUGUGAAUGGGAGAGUGUGGGAAGAACCUGUUUUAUUCACCAUUCAGGUGGACCAACUGGACAAAACAGCUCCUCGUAUCACACUCUUGCAUUCCCCUUCUCAAGUGGGGCUCCUGAAAAAUGGCUGCUAUGGGAUUUACAUCACUUCCCGCGUGUUGAAGGCAUCAGACCCUGACACUGAGGACGAUCAGAUCAUCUUUAAAAUUCUACAAGGCCCAAAACAUGGACAUCUGGAGAACACAACAACAGGUGAAUUUAUCCAUGAGAAAUUUAGCCAAAAGGACUUAAACAGUAAGACUAUUCUUUACAUCAUAAACCCAUCUUUGGAAGUAAAUUCAGAUACCAUGGAAUUUCAAAUCAUGGACCCCACAGGGAACUCGGCCACUCCUCAAAUUUUGGAACUGAAGUGGUCUCAUAUUGAAUGGUCACAGACCGAAUAUGAAGUCUGUGAGAACGUGGGUGUGUUGCCCUUGGAAAUUAUCAGAAGGGGAUAUUCCAUGGACUCGGCCUUUGUGGGUAUAAAGGUCAACCAAGUGUCAGCUGCAGUUGGAAAAGAUUUCACCGUGACUCCAUCUAAACUGAUUCAGUUUGACCCAGGAAUGUCAACUAAGAUGUGGAAUAUAGCAAUUACCUGUGACGGAUUAGAGGAAGAUGAUGAGGUCUUUGAAGUAAUUCUGAACUCCCCUGUGAAUGCAGUUCUUGGCACAAAGACAAAAGCUGCAGUGAAAAUUUUGGACUCAAAAGGAGGACAAUGCCAUCCUUCAUAUUCCUCCAACCAAAGCAAGCACAGCACAUGGGAGAAGGGCAUUUGGCGUCUGCUGCCCCCAGGGUCUUCCUCAUCCACCACUUCUGGUUCCUUUCAUCUGGAAAGAAGACCUCUUCCAUCUUCCAUGCAGCUAGCAGUCACCAGGGGAGACACCCUGCGGGGCUUUGAGUCUACAGAUCUUUCUCAAAAGAAGCUUAGGACCCGUGGGAAUAGCAAAACAGUUCGUCCAUUCUCUGUUUAUAGAAAUGGAACAGACAUCAUCUAUAAUUAUCAUGGGAUAGUUUCCUUGAAACUGGAGGAUGACAGUUUACCAGCUCACAAAAGGAAGGCCAAAGUAUCCAUCAUUAGUCAGCCACAAAAGACAAUCAAAGUGGCAGAACUGCCUCAAGCAGAUAAGGUGGAAUCCACAACUGACUCACACUUCCCCAGACAGGACCAGUUGCCCUCAUUUCCAAAGAACUGCACUCUGGAAUUAAAGGGACUCUUCCAUUUUGAAGAAGGCAUCCAGAAGCUGUAUCAGUGCAAUGGGAUUGCCUGGAAAGCCUGGAGUCCGCAAACCAAGGAUGUGGAAGACAAAUCCUGUCCAGCCGGGUGGCACCAGCACUCAGGCUACUGUCACAUCUUGAUCACAGACCAGAAAAGCACCUGGAAUGCGGCUGCCCGAGCUUGCAGGGAACAAUACAUGGGCAACCUUGUGACUGUAUUCUCCAGGCAACACAUGCGAUGGCUCUGGGACAUUGGUGGGAGAAAGUCCUUUUGGAUAGGUUUGAAUGACCAAGUGCGUCCUGGCCACUGGGAGUGGAUCAGUGGUGAACCUGUUGCCUUCACCAAUGGGAGAAGAGGGCCCUCUCAACGCUCCAAGCUUGGAAAGAGCUGUGUUUUGAUUCAAAGACAAGGGAAAUGGCAAUCAAAGGACUGCAGGAGAGCCAAACCUCAUAAUUAUGUGUGUUCCAGAAAACUCUAAAUAUAACAGACCCUACAGGUGGCCACCUGGAAUUUGUCACCUAUUUAUUUACAGGAUCUGUGAAUAUUGCUCCAUAGAAAACAAAUUGUUAUGAUUGAGUGGGUAUACCUUUGUGAUUCAGUCUAGUGAAAA